AUGUUCGAGACUCUCCAGCCAUCUGCAUAUGGCGUCUCUUUUGCGUUCUUUGCGUUGUCCCUGACCACGGCAAUCCUUCGUAUGUACUCGCGGAAUGCAUCAUCAAAAGCUUUGGCAGAGACGACUGGUGGAUGCUGUUUGUGUUUGUAUGCUCUCCUUCUCUUCCCGUGCAGGAGCAAGCCUCUCACCUUCACUCAGGCAUUCAAUACGGCCCAGCAGGGUUUAUUCUGCGUCUUUCUAUACCAUGGCGGUGGACUGUUCGUGAUAAGCCCUUCAUCACUGCGCCACAUGGGCGACGUGCUAAUCAAAGCUCUAAAUAGACAUACGACUGAGGUCCCGAUGGAGCAUCAGGCCAUGCUCCGAAAGCUUCUCUUUGCAGAGGAAAUCCUGUACAUCUGGAUGCACCUCAUCAUCAAACACGCCUUCCUCCAGUUCUAUCUCCGGCUCGCAAAUAAGAUCUCGUUCACCUACAGCGUCUAUGCCACCAUGGCCCUGAAUGUCGCGGUUGCGGUGGCCAUUUGGCUCUUGUACUGCCUCCAGUGUCGUCCUCUGCCAGCGUUCUGGAACCCGACAAUGUACCCUGAUGCAGUCUGUCGCAGUCACUUAUUAUGUGCCCGCUUCAACAUCCUCACUGACUUCAUAAUCCUCUCGCUCCCCAUCCGGCCCCUGUGGAAUAUGCAACCUAGUCUCUCGCGGUGCCUGGGUGUUAUUGCUGUCGUCUCCGUUGGAAGCGUCGCCGUCAUCGUGUCCUGCCUUCGUCUCAUCGUCCUCCACGAGUUCGCUGUGAACCCAGAUUUCCCAUAUAUCCUCGGAAAGAUGGUGAUAAUAUCGGCAGCAGAGUUGAAUGUGGCGAUCAUGGCAGCAAACGCACCUUCGUUGAAGGCCGUGUGGCUGAAGCACAUCAGUGGAUCUCUGAGCAAUUACAUGUCGUCGAUGCCUCUUUCCUCGCUGUCCAAGAUACAGAAUGCUGCACCACAGGCCCCAGUCAGUCGACGCCGGGAUACGCCAAAGCAUGAUGGAGACUUUGCAGAUUCCUCGUCGAUGAACAAUCUGGUCGAGCCUAGGAGCUACGACAACUAG